CGAUGGCCUUCGCAGUGGAGAGACUCGAUGCAAGCUAUAUAUAAAGCGACAAGAUCACAAACAGAAACAUAGUCUGAAAUCACUAAGGCUUCCAGUCACAUCAUGAAGGUGCUGUUCGUUUGCAUUGGCGCUAUCCUCUUGGCCGUUUGUCAGGCUGGAGGUGUAGGAGGAAGAUUCGGUGGAGGACAUGGAGGAUUAGGCGGUGGAGCCUUUGGAGGAGGCUCUGGAGGAUAUGGCUCAGGUGGCGGUUUUUCCAGUGGAGGAGGUGGAUCCUUAGGCCACGGCUCCUUUGGAGGUCAUGGAGGAGGAAUUGGAGGAGGGUCCUUCGGAGGAGGAGGAUCCUCUGGAGGCUAUGGCUCCCGAGGUGGAUUCUCAAGUGGUGGUCAUGGUGGACAAUUCGGAGGAGGACUAUCCGGAGGUCAUGGAGGUGGAUCCUUUGGAGGGAGGGGUUCCUACUCGAGGGGUGGAGGAUAUGGAAAAUGAGAUGACACCCAUCCCAAGCCAGACAAUUGGUUUUUAUUUUCGAAAUCAUUUUAGGAAAUUUUCCGAUAUAAAUCCUUUGUCUUGAUUACCAUUGAAGAAUAUAUAAUAAAUUUCACAUUAUA